AUGUCAUCACUCCCAGCCCCGAGGCCAUCCCAUGUCGACCGGAUCAUGCGGGAAGGAUACGCAAACAUCUUUGAAGUACAAACAGUCUUUCUCACCGGAAGCACCGGCUCAUUAGGAGGCUGUCUAUUAUACAAACUAUCCCUCCAACUUCCCACACGCAGGAUAUACGCAUUAAUCCGCGGGACACCAGAACAAGCAAUUGAAAAAUGGAGGAAAGCCAUGCCCGACCACACAAAAGCCAUCCUUGCCUCGAAGAAAGUAGAAUUCGUCAUCGGCGACAUCCAAGCAGUCGAUUUCGGCAUUCAACCCGCUAUUCUAGAAAAAUUGCGGAAUAAGGUUACCCUCGUCAUUCACACCGCUGCCAAAAUCACCCUGGAUGCCACCGUUCACGAUGCGAUCGAGAAUAACUGUCUCCCAUCGCUGGAGAUGGCACGUAUCGCUUCACAAUUCCGACGCCUGAAACUCUUGAUUCAGAUAUCAACCGCCUAUGCAAAUAGUUUCCUACCCGAUGGACCCGUUCUCGAACGACGAUAUACACUCUCUGACCAUGAUCCGGAGGACGAAUUAGCAUCGGUGCUAUCACUAGAUCAAUCCCCAUACACGAAUCGAUUCUCGUCGACAUACGCUUACGCCAAGUAUCUAAUGGAACGACUCCUUCCGAAGCGCUACCCCCUUCUACCGAUCUUACUUCUCCGCCCAACGAUCUUCGGCCAGGCCCUCCGCCAUCCCUACCCACUCUACGGCCUGGAGAAUUCCACGCCCAUGAACAAAUUCUUCCAAUAUUUCAUGGCCGACCGAGGUGCCACGCAGGUCUGGCGCGCAGCAGAAGGCUACAAAAGCGGCACAAACAUCCUCGACGAAAUCCCCGUGGACUUCGUCGCAAAUGCAUGUCUCCUACACGCGGUAGCGCGUACAACGGGAAUCGUCCAAAUUGGGUCGGAAUUAUACCACCCGCUCACAUUUGACGAGUACCUGGACAUUGCCAUUUCAAAUGCUCCGCCGGCGAUUCGUCGUGAUCUUCCACGGGUGGUUUUCACCGAAGAUCGGAGUGCGCCGCAGUGCUUUUUGGCUGAGUUGGUGCAGGUUGCGUCGAGGAAUUGGUUGUUUGAUUGUGGACGGUCGUAUUGGUUGAAACAAGUAGGUGGGCCGCUGAGCUUGCGGGCGGAUCAGUGGGAGAUUGAGGAGGUUAAUAAGAAGCGGAUUCGACAGAUUUAUAAGCGUGCUGUGGAGAGGGCGAGGAUUUGA